ACUACAAACAAUUUAUAGCGUUAUCACGCUGAACUGAUGGACCACAAAUACUUUUAUAGUGUCACCUCACUAAAAUAAUGGUGUCACAACCACUUUAUAGCGUCAUCACGCUGAAAUAAUGGAGCUACAAACACAUUAUAGUGUCAUCACGCUGAAAUGAUGGACCACAAAUACUUUAUAGUGUUAUCACGCUGAAAUGAUGGACCACAGACAAUUUAUAGCGUCAUCACGCUGAAAUACCAAGCUAGGCAAUACUAGCAUGCCAUCCAUUCUUUCGCGACUGACAGCAAUGAAAGUGAAGCAGUUUGUAACACCUCUCCGUGAGAUCAAUGAAUUUCUUAACACGUUUACAAUCGACAGACAUUUCCAUAUUUGUAAUAUCGAUAUGACGCGUCGGUAUUGCUUUACAGAUGACUCAAUAGCACUUGAAGCAAUUUCUAACCGGAUAUAUUCAAUUAUUAGAUAAUGAUACAAGCCAAACACUCCCACAAAUCCUGUCGGAACAUCUUUCUCCAAUAUCGGGACACUUGUCCGUGACGAGGGUACACCGCCUGCUUCCGGGAAUAGAGUUGUAAACAUUACGUGGUCUCUCUUAAGGCUCUACGUUUAAUACAUGUAGCACUGUGACGAGAUAAUUACGUAAAGCAAUUACCUAGAGGGCAGAGCUUUGAAUGACAUGUUACAUGUACCUGAUAAAAGACAGUUAGAGCUCGCCGGAGAUUGACAGAUUGACAGGGAAAGGGUCUGUCGGAAGAUUUACUUACCUAUUAUCUACGUCGAACUGCAUCAAAUGCCAUCUCCAGCAGGUAUUAAAGAAUUAUUUCAAAAACAGACAGUGCAAUUGGCUACAAGGAGUUAUUUACCAGAGAAAUUGACUUACCUCGCUGUGUGUGGCGGAUUUUAAACAGGAUUUGACAUUUAGAGGAAAUUUGGAUUUUUAAGUCUACCUGUGCUUGUACCUACCUGUGUGACAGAAUGUCGUUUUUACCUGGAGGGACAAGGCUUUCCAGUAUGAAAAGACAUAGCCUGGCCAAUGUAGCCGAGGCAUGGAAAGGGGUCACCCACGGCAGCAGACGACUCUCUAUGACGUCACAGAUACGUUUGUCUGCCGGAAACGUUCUUGACUAUGCGUCCAAGAACGAGACUCUUGAGAGUAUCCAGAUAGCAGUUAUACAGCUGUUCCAGAGGAGAAAAUUGCAGGAGGGAGAAUUAGCCGUUUUACAGGAAACAUUGAGGAACUUGAUUAAUACGGAUGCCGGCCCGCUGAUAUUUGAUUAUUACAAAGAUAAAUUGCUGAAAAAAGGAAUGGUGAUUCUGAGAGAGGGGAUGAAGAACGAUUUAGGUUCUGUGUUACUGAAGAAGAUGUGCGAUCAAUGGUCAUACCUUUAUGAAGAGAUCCUACCUACGUUACAAGCCAUGUUCUAUCCUCUUCCUACCAAGGACACCUCUAUACGAAAAGUGACGUUAUUGGAAUUCCGUGACGUUGUCGUCCUCAAGGUUGGAAUUGAAGAAUCGAUGGGGUCGGUUUUACCCGAAGAAGUUCCAGCCGCUAUACGACAGAUGUUGUUAGUUUUACUGAGCGUUCACGACGGUUCACCUCCAACCGAGAACUAUGCAAGACUUGAACGUUUGGCUGCCAGAGUGAUUUCCCCUUACUUAGGUUUUUUUGGCCUGUAUGAAGGUUCAAGUAUUCCAAUCGUGAAGACAUCGCUGAAACCAGCUUCUAAAUUAAUUCCAACAGAGAAAACUGAAGCGUACGAUCUGGAUACGCGAUCCUCCCGGCCAAAGUCUGCAAACAUUCCAUCUCUCAAAUCAUCACAUAGUAGAUUAGGUAACGGACAUAGUCCGUUUAGUAAUCAUUUUCUCGCACCAGUCCGAGAACAGGACAGUAUAGGCGGAAGACGUCAUAGUAUACAGACGUGACGUCAGUGACGUCAUAGUGACUAUUAUGACAUCAUGUAUUACAUAAUGAUGUCAUGGUAUGAAAAGUGAUAUCUGUGAUCGGAGAGUGAACUUCCAUUGUGAUGUUAUGUCUGUGAUUAUUGAUGAAGCCAAAGGACACAUCUGUGAAAUGGCGAUUUGACAUAAUGACGUCAUGAAAUAUCCAUUUUCAAAUGAUAAGGAUUAUCCCAAAUUGUCAUAGGUGAGCCACUAUGGCGAUUUGACAUAAUGACGUCAUAAAAUAUAUAUUCCUCGAUGUCAUAGGUGAGCCACAGUUGAAUAUGUAAAUCAGGAUGUUAAAAUUCCUAGAGACAGAUAUUACAGAGUUUACGAUGGGUUAAUCCGAUUGUUUGAUCAUAUGCUGUUCAUCAACAACAGGGAUUAUUGUGGUCAUGUUACCAGUAUUACGCUGAUAGGAAACCAUGUAUACCAGUGAUAGAUGGGCGAACAGUACCAAAGGCGACAUCUCGACAUCGCACUAAUUUCAUGAAAAUGAAAGAAUUGCAAUGUGAUAUGAUAUGCUAGUAUAUCGUCAUGUCGUCUUCUCUACCCCUGGUUGUACUCGCCUAAAAUCAAUAUAUUCCAAAGUAGCCGAAAACAUUUUAAACAGGAUCACUGACUGGUGUUAUCAGUAACUGUUUUAGCACAGCCAUAUGGACUCCGUGCAAUACCCUCGCCGCCAUUGCUAUGGACAAUCGAAAAAUUGAAUAGUAAACAGCAGCGACUAAGACAUAUAACUA